AUGAAUGCCUACCACAUCCAAAAGCACCUUGAAAACGUCGAGCAUGUGAUCUACGAGAAGAAUGCCGACAUUGGUGGCACUUGGUUGGAGAAUAGAUAUCCUGGUUGUGCCUGUGAUAUUCCCAGCCACGCAUACACGUUUGCUUUUGCCCUCAACCCGGAUUGGCCUCGUUUCUUUUCUUAUUCCCCUGACAUUUGGAAAUACCUUGACAAGGUGUGCGGGGUAUGGGAUCUACGCAAGUAUAUGACUUUCAACACCGAAGUGGUUGGGUGUUAUUGGCAACAGGAGAGUGGCGAAUGGCUGGUCAAACUCAAACAGACCAACCCUGAUGGUACAACUCGCCUAUUCGACGAUCGCUGCCACGUGCUAUUGCAUGGUACGGGCAUUUUGAACAACUUCAAAUGGCCAAACAUCGAAGGCAUGGAGAAGUUUAAAGGACGAAUCGUCCACACAGCUCGUUGGCCCAAGGACUACCAAGCAGAGGCAUGGAAGAAGGAUCGCGUAGCCGUCAUUGGCUCUGGAGCCUCAAGUAUACAGACAGUACCGACUAUGCAGCCCCACGUUAAACACUUGGACGUCUUUGUCAGAACAGGUGUCUGGUUUGUGCAGAUUGCGAACAACUUCGGCGCCAACCACGAAUAUACUGCCGAGCAGAAGGCGGAGUUUCGUGACCCUUAUAAACUGACAGAACACGCAAAGUCCAUCGAGGAUCAGGUCAAUGGCCUUUGGGGCUCGUUCUACAAAAAUUCGAAGGCACAAGCCGAAGGUCAAGUCGCUCUGAAGGCCCGUAUGGCCGAGAUGCUCAAAGACGAGAGGCUCCUCAAGGGCUUCACCCCGACAUUUGGUAUUGGGUGCCGCAGAAUAACACCUGGAGAUCCGUACAUGGAGGCUAUACAAAAGGAGAACGUCGAUGUCCACUUCACGCCUGUCGAAAAGAUCGAUGAGACUGGGGUGAUUGGCGGUGACGGGGUUCACCGCGAGGUCGACACAAUCGUAUGCGCAACUGGAUUCGAUGUGUCUUAUCGACCUCGUUUCCCAAUUAUCGGCCAGAAUGGCGUCGACCUGGCUGAUAAAUGGAAAGUCUGCCCGGAAGGCUACCUAGGCCUGGCCAUUCCGGAAUUCCCUAACUUCUUGACCUUCAUUGGGCCUAACUGGCCUGUCGAAAAUGGCAGUGUCAUGGGCCCUCUGCUCUAUGUGUCCCAAUAUGCCCUGCAGUUGAUCAAGAAGAUACAGAGCGAGUAUAUCUGCAGCAUCGCACCAAAGCAAGAUGUGACGGACGCUUUCAACGAACAUUGUCAGGAAUGGAUCAGACAUACAGUGUGGACGGAAGAUUGCAGAUCAUGGUACAAAAAUAAUGAGACCGGGCGCGUUAAUGCCGUGUGGCCAGGAAGCUCUCUUCACUAUAUCGAAGCCAUCAAGACCCCACGGUAUGAGGAUUACGAGAUCGAAUAUCUCGGGCCCGGCAAGAAGAACAUGUGGGCUUUCUUAGGUCUCGGUACAGUCCAGGCUCUUGUGAACAAGGAGGAUCCUUCACCCUAUCUCAAUGCUGAAGCGAUCGACCCGAAGUGGAUGGAAGAGGUCCAGAUGGAUGCUAAGAAGCUACAUGAGACAAAACUGAAAGAGUUGGAGGCUAAAGAGAAGGAACAACGCGAGAAGAGCAAGGAGAAUGUGAAGAAUGCUGAGGUCGCAUGA